AUGAAUAUUGAGAGUACAACAAAUAGUAUUAUUCCAAAUAAUGAUAUUAUAUCAGGUGUAGGAGGAGGAGAUGGUGGUGGCGGUAUUAAUUUUGGACUAUUAGGAAUGUUAUUUGGAGCACCAUUAUUAGGAAGUAAUAGUAAUAAUAAUUCAUCAAAUAAUAAUAAUUAUAAUAAUAAUAGUAGUAUAAUUGGAAAUAAUCAAUAUGAUAUGAUCAAAUUUGGAAUUAUAAUAUUUUUAGUUACAUGGGUAAUUGGAUUAAUAAAAUCUUAUUUAAUUAGUAUAAUUGAUUUAAUUAAGAAUCGAUUUUAUUUUACAGCACAUUUGACAUACCCAGAUUCAAUGUUUAUUUAUUUUUUAGAAUGGUUAAGUUCAAAACAAGAUUCAACAAUCAUUGGUACACGUGGUGUUAGUGUGAUGACAAGAUACCAAAAUGUAGAAUCAGAAGAUGGUGGUCAAAUGGAUAUCAAACUAUUACCAACCGGUACCCAAUGGUUAUGGUAUAACGGUUACUUGAUUUCAAUUGUUCGUGUAACGGCUUCAAAACGUUCAUUCGAUGGUAUUAAAGAUGAUUCAUUAGAUGUCACUGUUUAUGGUGGUAAUAAGAAUAUUAUAAAUUCAAUAUUAGAAACUGCCGUUGAAUAUUCUGUAACUUUAAAUAAGGAUAAGACAAAAAUUUAUAGUUUAGAUCAAUCAUCAACAUUUUGGGAAUGUAUUGCAUGUCAAAAUAAGAGAUUAGUUGAUUCAGUAUUUUUAGAUGAAAAUAUUAGUGAAAAGGUUGUCAAUGAUUUGACUAAUUUCAUACAUGGAAAGAAAUGGUAUACCGAUACUGGUGUACCUUAUAGACGUGGUUAUUUAUUGUAUGGUCCACCGGGAUCGGGCAAAACUUCAUUUAUCUUAUCGAUGGCUGGUAAUUUUGGUAAAUCAAUUAGUAUUAUGAAUAUGAGUAAAGGCAUUCACGAUGGUAAUAUUCAUUCGAUCAUUCAAAAGUGUAAUAAAGACACUAUAUUGGUAUUGGAGGAUAUCGAUGCCGUUUUCGUAAAGAGAAAGAACAAUUCAGCAGCUGGAAAUGAUGUUUUAACAUUUAGUGGACUUUUAAAUGCAAUCGAUGGUUUGGCAUCCUCUGAUGGUAGAAUAUUAAUGAUGACAACUAAUCAUUUGGAAAGAUUAUCACCUGCUUUAAUUAGACCUGGCCGUAUUGAUUUAAAAGUUAAAUUUGACUAUGCUUCAAAUCAUCAAAUUGAAUUAAUGUUUAAACGUUUCUUUGAUCAAAAAUAUCAUUAUCUAAUCGAUUCAAUCAAUUCAAAAUUGGAAAAUCAUCAAAUUAGUACCGCUCAAUUACAAGGUUGGUUCAUUAUUCAUCGUAAUUCACCUUUAAAUCUUUUACCAACUUGUGAUGAUUUCAUUACUCAAUGUACAUCUGAAACUACUUCAAAUGAUAAAAUUACAAAAGAAAUGUUAGAUGAUGAAAUUAAAUCUUAUGAUGAUGAUGAUGAAGAAGAAUCAAUUAAUAAUAAUAUUAAAUUAAAUAAAAAAUAUAAUAGUAAUGGUAAUAAUAAUUAUCAAAAAGAUGAUAAAAAACCAAGUGUUUUAUCACCUUCCAAUUCAGAAUCUUUAGAUAAUAGAAAUGAUGAUAAUGAAGAAAUUUAUGAAGACAAUAAUAAUAAUGAACUUUUUGAUUGUAAGUAUACUGGUAACUCAACAACUAGAAAAAGAAAAGUUUAA